CGGAAGACUAAAUGAGACAUAAAUAGACCCCGACAAACAAAUUUCAAUAGAAAACAUCCUAAAACGGUAUGCUCUCUUCAACGUCUGUGGAUUGAGAAGCUUCCAGAAAUGUUUAGAAACGAAACGGGUUGAAGCUCUUCGCGGUCUCGCGGACCUAGAGCCUGCUAGAAGAACUCAUAUCCCUUCUUCGGUUCUUCCAGAUCCAUCUGUUCCUUCAAUAAAGAUCUAACAUCUCCGUCGCAAUUCAGUAAUCAUAAAAACUUUUCCCUUCGAAAAUUCUAUCAAACAUUCAAACGUGACUGCCGAAAUUUUGACAAAAUGGAUCUCAGGAUGAUGGGCCUCGAUCACCCGCUUCUCCACCACAUAAUGGAGUACGCCACCGCCGCCGACGACAAAUCAUCCCACAGAAACGCCCCUUCGAAGACAUUCGUUCUCGACGCGAAGGCAAUGGCUGCGACACCGGCGGACGUGAAGGAGUACCCGAACUCGUACGUCUUCAUCAUCGACAUGCCGGGACUCAAGUCCGGUGACAUCAAGGUACAGAUCGAGAAUGACAAUGUCCUGACUAUAAGCGGGGAGCGGAAGCGUGAGGCGGAUGAGAAGGAGGGUGUGAAGUAUUUGAGAAUGGAGCGGCGGGUGGGCAAGUUCAUGAGGAAGUUCGUGCUGCCGGAAAAUGCGGAUCUGGGGAAGGUAUCCGCCGUUUGCCACGACGGAGUGCUGAGUGUGACUGUGGAGAAGGUGCCGCCGCCGGAGCCAAAGAAGCCAAGGAGCAUUGAGGUCAAAGUUGCUUGAAAUCAAUAUGUAGACCAGGCAUAGUGCGAGCACUCUGUUUCCGUUGCAGGAACGGAGUAUUUGAUUCUGUUUCUUUCCUUUUUCAGAUAUGGUAAUGGAAUGUGAUGUUGAUGGUUUUUUUUUUUUGAAAGAAAUCACAUUAACUAAAAUUAACAA